AUGUUCUUGUCUUGUGCAGAGCUGCUGUGGAUGGAGAACCUGACGGCGGCGGCUCCUCUCCAGCAUCCCGUCGUGUUCGAGCUGGAGGGCUUCUACGUGCCGCCGGGUUAUGACUCGCUGCUCUUCGUCCUGGCGCUGCUCAGCUACGUGGCGGUUCUGCUGGGCAACGGCCUGGUGGUGAGCAUCAUCGUCCUGGACAAGAGCCUGCACAGACCCAUGUUCGUGAUGGUGUGCAACCUGGUGCUGUGCGACCUGCUGGGGGCCACGGCGGUGCUGCCCCGGGUCAUGGUGCACUUCCUGACGGGGCAGAAGAGGAUCGCCUACUACCCCGCCAUCGCCCAGGCGUUCUCCGUGCACACGUACGGCGUCGCGGCGCAGACGAUCCUGGGCGUGAUGGCCUACGACAGGUACAUCGCGGUGUGCGAGCCGCUCAGGUAUCACGCCAUCAUGACCUCGGCUCGGCUGCACUGCUGCUGCGCUCUGGCCUGGCUGGUGGCGCUGCUGCUCAUCGCCGUGCUCUUCGCCUUCCACGUCAACGUCCCGCUGUGUGGCCGGACCAUCCGCCACGUCUACUGCAGCAACCGCUCCAUCCUGAGCCUGGCCUGCACCCCCACCACCGCCAGCAACAUCUACGGUCUGUCCAUGACCUGGACUGUGAGCACAGGGAUCUUCCUCAUCAUCGCGUUCUCCUACAUCCGAAUCCUACAAGCUUCUUUGAAACAAGGCCAAACUGACAGCAACGUUCGCAGUAAAGUCUUCCAGACGUGUGGCUCUCACCUCGUCAUCUACCUGCUCUAUGAAAUCGCCUCAGUGAUCAUAAUCUUGAGCUACAGGUUCCCGUCGGUUUCCCCAAACCUAAAGAAGUUCUUCAGCAUUAUGUUUUUCAUCGUUCCCCCGAUCAUCAACCCCAUCAUCUACGGAUUGGUCAGUAAGGAGCUACGCAGCAGCAUCAUUAAGCAUUUAACCGUCACAGCAGCUGGCAGCGUCUUUACAUGA